AAAGAUAACCAAACCGAUCCAACCCCAAAAUUGAUACGGAGUAUCUUUUCUUCCCAAAUUGCAAUGCGACUGUUCAGCCGGAUGCCCUCCAAUUCAAGCUUUGAAGAAUCCGAAAUUCGCAGUGCCUUCUAUCAGAAUUCUGUGAUCGCCGGAAGGUAUCGGGUUUGAAUGCCUAUAUAUGUACACCACGCCUACUCUCUGUUCUCUCUGUAGAAGUGUCUGCGGAUAGUUUCGAGAUGGGAAGCAGCGGCGGUAGCGAUGUGGAAGCGGGGUUCGCGAAGCUUCAGGGCGAGGAUUUCGAGUAUUACAUGCAGACCUACUCCAUUAUCCUCGGACGUAACUCUAAGAAGUCGACGGUGGACGUUGACCUCUCCUCCCUCGGCGGCGGGAUGAACAUCUCGCGCCACCACGCCCGCAUCUUUUACGACUUCCAGCGCCGCCGUUUCGCUCUUGAGGUUUUAGGUAAGAACGGAUGCUUUGUCGAGGGAGUUCUUCACCUCCCUGAUAACCCUCCCGUCAAGCUCGAUUCUCAGGACCUUCUCCAAAUUGGGGACAAAGAGUUCUACUUUCUCCUUCCCGUUCGAAGCAUACUUGGUGGUCCAAUUGGUCCUAGACAUCAUGUACCUUCUAAUUAUCCGGCAGCUGCUGCGGUUGCUGCAGGGAUGCCUUCGCAUCACCAUCCCCAGCCACAGCAACUCUUGCCUCCCCCUUUGGUGAAUGCCUAUGCUGCUGGGGUAGGAAGGAAGGGAUUACCCAGAGGGAAAGAAUAUUAUGAAGAGGGCUAUGAGGAUGAGGUGGGUGAUGAUGGCCCUGAAGCUAUUAAGAAACCGAGAAGGGGUGAUAGCUUUGAUGUUGGUGGUUAUGGCUAUGGAUCAAGUGGCUCUGGGGGGAAGGUUGUAAUAGAUAAGAAGAUGGAUGGAAGAUUACGCGUUGACAGAGGAGAUGCUGACAACCAACAACUGCUGCUACUAGAGGAGAAGGAUGUUGUGUCAUCUGUAGCUAAUGUGCUUUCUGAUCUCUGUGGUCCAGGAGAAUGGAUGGCAAUGGAGAAGCUUCAUGCUGAGUUGGUAGAACACUUCGGGAACAGGUGGCAUCACAGUCGGGUGAGGAGAUAUCUGACCUCGGAAGACUAUGCAACUCCUGAAGCAAUCUCAAAGCCAUGGUAUGGGUUGCUUAUGCUGUUGAGAAAAUAUCCUGAACAUUUUGUCAUAAAUACACGUUCCAAGGGACGUGUGGCGUUGGAAUUUGUUUCUCUUGUCUCACUCCUCUCUUGACAGAUUCUGGUGUAAUUGUUUUAGAACUCUGUAGUUGUAUUUUUUUGUGACUACUAUAUAUGGCUUAGUUCAAAUUACGGUGAAAACGGGAUUCUAAGAUUAUGUUUCUUUGUUUGCCGGUCAUUGCGUCGGGUUAACUAGUUAGUAUCAAAGAUAUAGUUUUGCUGGCAUCCCUGUUAAGUACAUCUGAUAGUGAGAAUUGAGAUGUUACUACCGGAAUAGUUCCAUGUCCUUGUGAUUGUCCUUGUGAUUGUAUUUGUGGUAUAUACUUUUAUAGUGUUUCUUAAAAUGUGGAAAGGUUUUGGUGGCAUUUUGUAUUGCGGCCUGCCCAUCUCGUACAUCUUCUUCACAAAUCUGUAUGGUAUAUUUAGUUGAG